GGAGGCAGCCCGCGCUGUGUCGGCGUAACGGGGCCGUUCCUCCGUCCUCAGCUCUGGCGGGAGGCUGCGGAGAGCUGGGCUCGGCUCUGCUCCGGGUCGCAGCGACGACGGGCCAGAGAGUGCGGCCUUAAAUUGCAGCACGGGAGGUGCAGGGUGGAUGUUAGGGAAGGUCUGUGCUCAGAAGGAGCAGGGAUGUGCUGGCACAGCCGCACAGGGAGCGGUGGGGUCACCGUGCAUGGUGGUGUUCAGUGAGAUGAGGCACUGAGGGAUGUGGGCACGGUGGGUUGGGUUGGACUGGAUGAUCACAGGGCUCUUUUCCAGCCUUAAUGCUUCUAAGAUUUUGCUUAGAGAAAGAUAGAAGCUGUUACCUCCCUAUUUUGUGAAAUAAUUCAUUAGAGAUCUGAAAACCACGUCUCGUUGCAGCUGGAGCAGCUUGGCAGUCGGUAACUAAGCAGCUGAUAGGAGCAAGCAGGGCUUGAGAGCUCCGUGUAAGGUGUCUGUGUUCCUGGUGGAGCUGGAGGCAUUUAAGAACACGUCAGUGGCGGUCUGCAUGCACACAAAGAGGAUGACAAAAAUAAUGAAACAUUGAAACUUGCAAUCAGCAGUUCUGUAUGUUGCAGCCUAAAAUACACACGAGAUACCGACCUGUUGGGAUGCUGAGCUCCAGCUGCUUGAUUCUUUGAUACACAGUGCUCCAUUUGGCCACCGAAUGUGCUGCCCUUGUCACAAAUUCCUGCAGGACAGAUUCCACGUUAGGUUCUGGGCAAGAUGACCACGCUCACACGACAGGACCUUAAUUUUGGGCAAGUUGUUGCAGAUGUUCUUUCAGAAUUUCUAGAAGUGGCCGUUCAUCUCAUCUUGUACGUUAGAGAAGUUUACCCUAUUGGGAUCUUUCAGAAGAGGAAAAAAUACAACGUGCCUGUCCAGAUGUCCUGCCACCCAGAGCUCAAUCAGUACAUCCAGGACACGUUGCACUGUGUAAAGCCACUGCUUGAGAAGAAUGACGUGGAGAAAGUUGUAGUUGUAAUCCUGGAUAAAGAGCACCACCCAGUGGAGAGAUUUGUCUUCGAAAUCACCCAGCCGCCCCUGCUUUCCAUUAGUUCAGAGUCCUUGCUGUCCCACGUGGAGCAGUUACUGCGUGCCUUCAUCCUGAAGAUAAGCGUGUGUGAUGCUGUGCUGGACAACAAUCCCCCAGGCUGCACCUUCACAGUUCUGGUUCACACACGAGAGGCUGCUACACGCAACAUGGAGAAGAUCCAGGUGAUAAAGGAUUUCCCAUGGAUUCUUGCUGAUGAACAGGAUGUGCACAUGCACGACCCCCGGCUUAUCCCACUGAAAACUAUGACUUCUGACAUCUUAAAGAUGCAGCUUUAUGUAGAAGAACGAGCCCACAAAGGCACCUGAUUUCAACUCUUCCUUUUCUUCAAGCCUCAUCAGAUCUUCCAGCGGAGUAAGAUCUCUCACCAACCAUACCUUGAUAGCCCAGCCUCCUCAGCUGGCCUUCUGGAUGAAUGUAGAGCAGCUGCUGCCUCUUUAUUUCAAGUGCUCUUACCAGUGUAUAUAGAACUGACUUGGAAUGUGGAGCCAGAGCCUGUUCCCAUGUACACUCAUGUGUGAGAGUGAGUAGAGGUUUCAUUACAGUAAUCCCUGGGGUAGGAUACAGCUGACUGCGGUCGGCUCAUUGUACAAAUCCAGUUCUUGCCUUAAACAGGACAUCUCCAUUGCACACUGGUAGUGCUAACCAGGGAUCUGCUGUGUGCUCCACUAGAGCAAUGGUCUGAUACCAUGCGCGAGUGAGGCCUUAUGUAGCAUCUGUCCACUGUGACUGUCCCAAGUAGUCUUCAAUAAAUAUCAAGUUUUACUCCAGUUGAAACAGGCUCAAUUCUGUCCAAAUCAACCGUUCUUUCAGUGAAGAAGCAUUUUUAUUUUGUAUGUAGAGUUUCCAUCACCUUUUCACGUCUUCUCUAGGACAAGGCUGGGAUGUGUCAGUUCCUAUGAAGGGCUGUACCACCUUGGUCUCCCCUUGCCACAGGGAAACCUUCACACAAAAGCUGUUAGAAACACAGUGGGAUGUGUCUGUGCUGCAAGGACACUUGUCAGCUGUCUCACUCUUAGCAGACAGCAGACAAGGGAAAACACUGUUAUCCUGCCUCUGUCAAAGGAGAUGGAAGAAAGCCUUAAUAUCAGCCCCAUGCAUACAGGGGUAGAAGAAAUGGUACACAGAAUGUGAGCUGAGCUUGUUGGACAGAAAAUUUGGUAAAACAGCCAGCACAGCA